AUGUCCACUUCUUGUCUAAGCAGUGGCAGGGCAGCUGCAUACAAACUCGAAUUGCUCGAGUUUGACAUGAUCAAGUCACCAUCUUCAACCUCUUGGAUAUCAAAUUCAUCCUCAACCCUGUCCGAAUCCAGCAACUGCCCGUUAGCAAUCUCUACCCAAAAACACCGCACACCCAGAAAACGGCUUAACCAGACCUAUAACGAGGCUGCCGCCAUUCUCUCCAUGGCCUACCCCAAAUUGUUCCCCACCAAGCUCAAAAAAACAUUUCACACAAAAAACAUCACAUUUCAGCCCGAUGACACGUCGGGCUUUCUACUGCAGUACACUGAAAAGCCCGUUUUUAAUGAGAAGCUGCGGGGCAGGUUGGGAACAUACCGGAAAUCUUGCCGGAGCCCAGGGGAGAUCGAAUCGGAUGUUUCCGGGCAGAUUGGAGACGACGGACGGGAGGAUUUCGACGGCGAGUCGAUUAUUCUGGAUGAGGAGAUCAAUUGCAUCGUUGGGAAUUUGGGGGCGAGGAGUGAGUCGAUCGAGGGUUUUGAUAUUUAUGAUGAAAUCAACAAUAAUUAUGUUGAUGAUAAUUGCAAUUACAAUUGCGAUUUUACCGAUAACGGCGGCCUGCAAGCGGGCGGCUUCUGCUACGGGUACCCGGUGGGGCUAGGGUUUGGGGUGAGGAAGGAGACGAGGAAUGUGGACGGAGGCGAUGACUGGUGGAGGUUUAAUUCGAUUGGUUGGGCGCAGGCGAGGCUGGCACGGAUAGACUUGUUCUGGGACAACGUAGGAAUCCGAGAGGCUAGUGUGUUGCGGUAUAAGGAGAAGAGGUGCAAUCGCCUAUUCUACAAGAAAAUCAGAUACGAGGCCCGCAAAGUCAACGCAGAUCGACGGCCCAGGAUGAAGGUUUGUCGCCUCACCACCGUUGCUAGCAAACACCUCUCAUACAACAACAAUAAAUCGCACUUUCUCGAAAUUUGUCCCACUUAUAUUGCCUUUUUCAGAAAAUCUCUUUAA